AUGUUGCCAGUAAAGAGACCGAAGCUUGAUAUGGAUGACGACGGGGGGCGGCUCCGGCUGUUAGAAGAAGAGCUUCGGAUCACACAAGCAGAGGUUGAACCUAUAGAAGUUAAACGAUCUAGCACGUCGAGAACAGAGUCGGUCACCUACCGACCAACCUACCGAGCGGUUCUAGCUAAAAACGGGUAUCUUGUAAGGAAGACUUUGGGGAAUGGCAGUUACUCCAAGGUAAAGUUAGCCAUAUCUCUCAAUAAGACAAAAUCAUUUGUGGCCGUGAAAAUUGUAGAUAGAAAUAAGGCUCCCAAAGAUUUCCAAACAAAGUUUCUUCCACGCGAGUUAGAUAUUUGGCCCGGUUUGCGCCACCCAAAUAUAAUCAAAGUCAUGGAUGCUUUUGAUGAUGGGCGUCGCGUGUACAUGAUUCUGGAAUUCGCCGAGAACGGGGAUGUCUUGCGGUACAUUCAGAAAGUCGGGGCCCUCUCCGAGAACCUGGCCAAGGGGUGGACCUGGCAGCUGUGCGACGCCGUGCGUUAUUUGCAUGAUUUGAACAUAACGCAUCGGGAUUUGAAACUUGAGAACCUUCUUUUGGACAAGGCGUUUAACGUCAAGCUGUGCGACUUCGGCUUCGUCAAAGGGAACUGUACCCAGUCUAUGAGCCAAACUUACUGUGGAUCUAAAUCCUACGCUGCCCCGGAAAUUCUGAAAGGCGAACCUUAUGAUCCCAAGAAAGCCGACAUGUGGGCAAUAGGAGUGAUACUCUAUAUUUUCGUUACAGGCAAAAUGCCCUUUGAUGAAAGCAGAGGAAACAGUGGGGUGCUGGAAGAACAAAGAAAGUUGGAGUUUCCCUGGCAGAAGUACAAAAGGGUUACUUCAGAGGAGAGGUCGCUGGUUCUCAAGCUGUUCACACAUGACUUCCAGACGAGGCCCGACAUCCAUGGUGUUCUGUGCAACCGAUGGAUGGAGUCUGCUAGUUCAGUUCAGGCCAAACUAGGUGACCUGGCCACUGAGUGGAAGAACAGCCAUCAUAGUCACCACUACCACAACCACCACCACAACCACCACCACCAUCGUCACCACUCGAAGGACAAAGGAGGAGAGAAGCAGGUCGCGGAGAAACAAAAUCCAGCACCGGUCAAUCCCACGCCAGCCCAGUAG